AGCCCCCCGCGCCCUUUCCCGCUGCCCAGCCCCGGGGAAGCCGGGCAGCGAGACAGCGGCGGCGGGGAGCCGCGCCGGCCGCGGGGAGGGCCGGGUGGGUGCGGAUCGGCAUGGUGAUGCCGAGGGGAAAGGCACAUAAAGGGCCCCCCCCGGACCCUCGGCGAGCCCCGAGCUGCCCCGAUCCCUCCCCCCAGCCUCACGGUGGCUUUCCGGGGGGACCGGUCGCCACCAGGGAUCAGGUGCCGGGGGGCCCGGCCGGACCCAGGGCCCGGCGCACAGCCCCCGCUCCGAAACAGACACUAUUUCUUUAACUCCUUUUCCAUACCCCCCCCCCCCCCCUCCCCUCCGAGCUUAUUUUCCCGGCGGGGCAAGCCGGGGAGUUAUUUCCUCGCUUCCCCCCGCGGCGCCCAGGACCUCGCUCUCUCCACGGUCGCUCUGGGCAGCGACAGUUCCAUUUCCCAGCGGCUACGAAACAAAAACUUUUCUAUUUUUCCGAAGGAAAUAAGCGGAUCCACAAACCCACCGGCCGGCUCGGCGCCUUGCUCGUGUUUUCCUUUUUUCCCCUAUUUUUUUUUCCCUUGCAAAUACCCCAAAUAAGGCUUUUAUUUUUCAAACAGGGUCUCUGAAAAAAGAAAACCCCUUCCAGGGUUUCUGUUUGCUCAGGAACCCCAGAACAACCGGUAAUUUCAUUUACUCCGAAGCUUUCAUUUUUGCAAGCGCGCAGUCCCCGUGUGAACUUUAGUUUUAAGCCGUACCAAAAAUGCGCGAUCCCUGCUCGAAGACCGAAUGAGUUUUUAUUUCGAAACUCACGUUGGUAAAGCCGCCGCUUUAGCUUAAUUUUGGCCGAGGCUGAAGUUUGGCUAACAUCCUCGCCCCUCCUCGGGUCCUUCAUCCCCAAAAGAUUGCCGCCCUUGCCCCCGACUGCUUUCAGUGUUCGGAGGGCGAUGAUGCUCCAGUAAUUUUCCUCGCUCCAUUCCCAGGCAUCGCUUUGCUUUCCUUCCAGGGAAGAUUGUUCCGCUUGUAAUCCUGCUGACAAAAGAGACUCCGAUGGACUUACACCGGGCCGCGUUCAAGAUGGAGAACUCACCCUAUCUCCCCAACCCACUGGCCUCCCCGGCGCUGAUGGUUCUCGCCUCCACUGCUGAAGCCAGCCGUGAUGCUUCCAUUCCCUGCCAGCAGCCGAGGCCUUUUGGGGUCCCCGUGUCAGCAGAUAAGGACGUGCACAUUCCCUUUACCAAUGGCUCAUAUACUUUUGCCUCCAUGUAUCACCGGCAAGGCGGGGUGCCGGGAGCGUUUGCAAACCGUGACUUUCCUCCGUCCUUGCUUCACCUCCACCCCCAGUUCGCACCCCCUAACCUGGACUGCACCCCGAUCAGUAUGUUGAACCACAGCGGUGUUGGGGCUUUCCGCCCCUUUGCAUCUACUGAGGACCGGGAGAGCUAUCAGUCAGCUUUUACACCGGCCAAGCGCCUGAAGAACUGCCAUGACACUGACUCACCCCAUCUGCGCUUCUCCGACACCGAUGGGAAGGAGUAUGAGUUUGGCACGCAGCUCCCCUCCAGCUCCCCCGGCUCCCUCAAAGUUGAUGAUACGGGGAAGAAGAUCUUUGCCGUUUCUGGCCUCAUUUCUGACCGGGAGACCUCAUCCAGUCCCGAAGACCGAAGUGACAGAUAUAGAAGCGACAACCAAAGAGGGCCCCAGGCGUCUGCAACUGCCACUCAUCGUAUGAUUUUAACUCUCCCCCUCUGCAAAAAGAAAGCAACCUUGUUUGACAGCCAGGCUCCGAUCUGCCCCAUCUGCCAGGUCCUCCUUCGCCCUGGGGAGUUGCAGGAGCACAUGGAGCAGGAACUGGAAAAGCUCACCCAGCUGAACAUCAGCAAGAGCUCCAUCCUGAAGGAUGCCAUGGCAGCAGGCACCCCCAAGUCAAUUUUGUUGUCGGCCUCAAUCAAGCGAGAAGGAGAUUCUCCGACAGCAUCACCCCACUCCUCAGAUGACAUCCAUCACUCUGACAGAUACCAGGUAAGCAGGCGGAUGCUGUCACUGGUCUCAGCCUCAGGCAGGGAGCCAGCUUGCCCCAGUGCUCACAGCUCUCUGUGUGUGAGAGCCUGCCUCAUGGAUGUGCAGCACUGCCCCAGUUCGCAUGGGGAC